AUGGCCACAGCUGCCUCGAAUCCCUACAGCAUUCUUAGUUCCAGCUCUCUGGUCCAUGCGGACUCUGCGGGCAUGCAGCAGGGGAGUCCUUUCCGAAACCCUCAGAAACUUCUCCAAAGUGAUUACUUGCAGGGAGUUCCUAGCAAUGGGCAUCCUCUCGGGCAUCAUUGGGUGACCAGUCUGAGCGAUGGAGGCCCAUGGUCCUCCGCACUGGCCUCCAGCCCCCUGGAACAGCAAGAUGUGAAGCCUGGGCGCGAAGACCUACAGUUGGGCGCUAUCAUCCAUCACCGCUCGCCGCACGUCGCCCACCACUCUCCGCAUACGAACCACCCAAAUGCCUGGGGGGCGAGUCCGGCUCCUAAUCCGUCCAUCACGUCGAGCAGCCAACCCCUUAACGUGUACUCGCAGCCGGGAUUCACGGUGAGCGGCAUGCUGGAGCACGGGGGGCUCACUCCACCGCCGGCCUCUGCCUCAGCUCAGAGCUUACACCCAGUGCUCCGGGAACCCACAGACCAUGGCGACCUAGGUUCGCACCACUGCCAGGACCACUCGGACGAGGAGACACCAACCUCGGAUGAGUUGGAACAGUUCGCCAAACAGUUCAAACAAAGAAGAAUCAAGUUGGGCUUCACGCAGGCUGACGUGGGGCUGGCGCUGGGCACACUGUACGGCAACGUGUUCUCGCAGACCACCAUCUGCAGAUUCGAGGCCUUACAGUUGAGCUUCAAGAACAUGUGCAAGCUGAAGCCGCUGCUGAACAAGUGGCUGGAGGAGGCUGAUUCUUCCACAGGGAGUCCGACCAGCAUUGACAAGAUCGCGGCGCAGGGUCGGAAGCGCAAGAAGCGAACCUCUAUAGAGGUGAGUGUCAAGGGCGUACUGGAGACGCAUUUCCUCAAGUGUCCCAAGCCUGCUGCGCAGGAGAUUUCCUCGCUGGCAGACAGCCUCCAGUUGGAGAAAGAAGUGGUGCGUGUCUGGUUCUGUAAUCGAAGACAGAAAGAGAAGAGAAUGACUCCACCAGGGGAUCAGCAGCCACAUGAGGUUUAUUCGCACACGCACACGGUGAAAACGGACACGUCCUGCCACGAUCUCUGA